AUGAUUCCAGGACAGAACCAAAGCUGGGUUUCUGAGUUCAUCCUGCUUGGCUUCUCCAGUGACCCCACAACCAACAGCAUCCUCUUCAUUGUGUUCCUUCUCAUCUACCUGAGCUCAGUCAUGGGCAAUGGGCUCAUCAUCCUGCUGAUCUGCCUGGACUCACAUCUGCACACUCCCAUGUACUUCUUCCUCUGCAUACUCGCCAUUGUUUUUGUGGUUGUUACCCCAAUUUCCCUCAUAGUGGCCUCCUACGUUCAUAUUGCCAUGGCAAUUCUCAAGAUAAAGUCUACCCAAGCCCGUUUCAAGGCCUUUUCUACCUGUGCCUCCCACCUAACUGUGGUCACACUCUUCUAUGGUCCGGCCUCUUAUAUCUACAUGAGACCCAACUCCAGCUACUCUCCUGAGCGAGACAAGCAGAUCUCACUCUUUUACAAUGCCUUCACAGCCUUGCUCAACCCUGUGGUCUACAGUCUGAGGAACAAGGACAUCAAGAGGGCAUUUCUCAAGGUGAUAGGGCACAAUAGGGUGGACUAG